GCAGCAUGUGGAAGCUCCUCACUGUGGGGCUGCUGCUGGCUGCCUGCUCUUCCUGGGGCUGCUGCACCUCAAUAUUUUACAGCAGUAAAGAUGCAAACCGAGUCCUGAGAAUCCAGAAGAGGUCAAAUACUUUCCUGGAGGAGCUCAAGCCAGGCUCUGUGGAGCGUGAGUGUAUUGAAGAGCGCUGUGACUUUGAGGAAGCCAGUGAGAUAUUUGAAACCAAGGAAGAAACACUAAAUUUUUGGAGCAAGUACAUAGAUGGAGAUCAGUGUAAACCAAAUCCUUGUUCCAAUGGGAUCUGCAAGGACGCUAUUGGAAAAUUUUCCUGCAUCUGUAACAAAGGCUGGGAGGGGGUUUUGUGCAGUUAUGAGGUCAAAUACAGCAACUGUUCCACGGACAAUGGGGGCUGUGAACAUUUCUGCAGGGAGGACCCUGCUGAGCAGCAUCGCUUGUGCAGCUGUGCAUCGGGAUAUCAGCUCAAGGAUGACCACACCACGUGUGAGCCUGUAGUGGAGUUCCCCUGUGGAAGAGUGAAGUCAGACUACGUUGAAGCCAAAGCAGACUUCAAUAUUCGGCUCGUUAAUGGAACAGUUGGAAGAAGGGGAGGCAGCCCUUGGCAGAUUAUGCUGCAAAAUACCGAAGGGACGUUUCUGUGUGGGGGUGUUCUCAUCCAUCCAGCUUGGGUCCUAACAGCAGCACACUGCCUUGAGGAACACAAGGGGUUCAAAGUUAAACUUGGUAAAUUCCGUUUCCGUCCUGAGGCAGAUGAGCAAACCAUUUGGAUUGAUAAAUGGGUGACCCACGAAAAUUACACCAAGACGACCUCAGAUAAUGACAUAGCCAUGCUGCACUUGGCUGAGCAUGUGAUGUAUUACAAAUACGCGCUCCCCAUCUGCCUCCCCACCCGCAACCUGGCGGAGCAGGAGCUGAUGAGGAGCGGGAAGCAGGCGGUGGUGACGGGCUGGGGCACCAUGAGCGAGCGUAACCACACCUACGCCGCUUCCCUCAGGUACAUCCAGAUCCCCAUCGUGCCCCGCAACGAGUGCGCCCAGGCCAUGAGCUCCCAGAUCUCUGACAACAUGCUGUGUGCUGGGAGCCCGGGAGACAGGAAAGACUCCUGCCGUGGGGACAGCGGGGGCCCUAUGUUCACUAGAUACAAGGAUACUUGGUUUUUGGUAGGGCUGGUGAGCUGGGGUGAAGGCUGUGGAAGAAAGGAGAAAUUUGGAGUCUACACCAAAGUUAGUCAGUACCUUGAGUGGAUCCAGCACCACAUAGAUACAUCAGCUCCUUUGAAGGGUUAAUUGUGAUCCAGAGUCGGGAGUGUUGUGACUCUGUGUUCGUGACAGUAUGCACUAUAAUGUACUGUCAGAUCUUCAGUAUUAAAUAUUGAGUAUGUGUUAA